AGAGAAGUCGGAUAUUUCUAUUUGAUUUCUAUUCGAUUUGGAUGACCCAUUGCAUUUUAGAUUGUGAUUUGGGAAUCCGUCUUCGAUGAAGCCUAUGCAUCCUAAAAAGUUACAGCUUUUACAAAAGAGUCUUGAAUAUGUACCUGCCUAUGGAUUUACCAGUGGCGCUGUGAAAAAAGCAGUCGAAGAUCUUGGCUUGUCGCAGGCGGCGAAAGGGUUACUGGAAAGAGGUCUCAUAGAGCUGAUUGAGUUUCAUCAUACUGACGCAGACAAAGAGGCUGCAAUUUAUGCACACCAGAUUGCAAACGAAGAUUUGGAGAGCAAAGAUGUUAUCAUCGCCGUUUUGCAAAAGAGAUUUCAAUUGAGUGGACCUUUUCAGCCUCACUGGUCUAGAGCAAUGGCGUUGGAACACUUACCACAAAAUUGGCCUGACGCAACUAAGCGCCUGUUUUAUUUUAUUGGUGAGCUUUUGCAUGCAACAAAAGAUAAAUCGACAAAUGGUUCGUGGUAUACUAAACGUUUUGCCCUUGCUUCAGUUUAUAGAGCUUCGGAAUUGUACUGGGUUUCAGACUCAUCUGAUAGUCAGAAAAUGACAAACUCUUUUAUUGCAGAACUGGUAAAUAGCUGGAACAAGGCAGAUUCAGCUUUGGGUCUAUGGGAUGCGAAGGCAAGUGAAAUUUGUAGUCUUGGCUUUCGUACUGCAGAAAGUCUAUUCCGCUCUGUACGUAGUGGUUUUUAAAGUCUUCUCAGAAUUAGACAGCAGUUGCAACUUUGGGUAAUAUUGACACGAUUAGUUGUAAUCAACUACACUAGUCCUUGUAUCACGGAAUGGACUAAACUGAUUUAGAAAUCCAUAGUGAACAAUUGCAGAAACAAUAGCGUAGAGAAGACAUGAGAAAGUUUUCAUUCUUGUUGUGUAAGAAAAUGAGUGGAAAUGUUUUACUUUCGGUUUCCCUCAUCAUCAAGUCGUUUACUCAAGAACAUGGGAAUGUUUUGACAGUGAGGAUAACAGCUGAGAGUAUUUUUUUCUCUUUGAUAAAGGCUUGUUUCAUCGGCACAGAGUCUAUUGACGUUUUAUUCUUUGAUCACAGAGUCGCAUAGGAAAAGCUUUCCUACUUAUAAUCACAUAAUUUCAUCCAU